UUUAUGGGAAAAAAAUAAGGUGCCGAAAAGAGAACACAUGACAACGUGUUAUGGAGGAACAGGUCAAUGAAGGAGUCGGCUUGAAAAUAAUCCGAAGAUGUUUAGACAUGCGCAGACGUAGGAUGCCAUAUUGGACGGAGGACUUGGCAGAGCAGCUGAGAAGCACCCCGAUCGUGCUUCGGCGAAGGAGAAGGACUCUCUGAAUUCAAAGGCGCAGAAACUUCAUCAAGGCUUUGAGCUUGCUGUGAGCUUACGCAUCUGGAGAAGGUCACCGGUGCUCUAGGUCACCGAGGAGCUCGCCCUUCACAGGACACCGAAAAUGAUGUCAGCAGGGGGAAAGACCCAGAGUCCGGCCAAUGGCAGAGCAGAACAGGGCCACUCAGAUAUGGACUGUGGAGAGGAGGCGGUGGACUUUAACUGGGAGGAAUAUCUAGAGGAGACAGGAGCCACUGCUGCUCCUCACACUUCCUUCAAACAUGUGGAGCUGAGCCUUCAGAGCAGCUUUCAGCCUGGAAUGAAGCUGGAAGUGGCCAAUAAGAGCUGCCCAGACACCUACUGGGUGGCGACCAUCAUUACCACGUGCGGCCAGUUGCUGCUGUUACGCUACUGUGGCUAUGGUGAUGACCGCAAAGCGGACUUCUGGUGUGACGUGAUGACUGCAGAGCUCCAUCCCGUGGGCUGGUGCACGCAGAACAACAAACUGCUGCAGCCACCUGAAGAUAACGUUUACCUCAGAGCAGCUAUUAAAGAGAAGUACAGCGACUGGACUGAGUUUCUCAUCAGUGAGCUCACUGGCUCACGAACAGCACCAGCCAGUCUGCUUGAAGGGCCACUGAGGGGUAAGAACACUGUGGACCUGAUUGUACCAGGCUGCGUGAUGGAAAUUCGUGAUGCUUGUGAGCCAUUUGUUUACUGGGUGGCACAUGUCCAGCGAAAUAUCGGUGGCCGACUGUGCCUCAGCUACGCUGGAUUGGAGGACCCCAUCCACUACAUCUGGAUAUUCUACCUGGACACCAGACUCCGACCCCUAGGCUGGGCCAAUGAGAACCACCUGUCAAUGGAACCGCCUACAGAAUUGCGUGCUCUGAAAAGUGCUGCAGAGUGGAGGGAGGCCUUGGGGAAAGCCUCUCCUGAAACCCUGGAAACCCACCUGCCCUUUGAAGUCUUCAAGGAUCAUGCUGAUUUACGAAAGCACUCCUUCAGCACAGGGAUGAAGCUGGAGAUGGUGUCACCAGAAGAACCCUUCCACAUCUGUCCUGUGUCUGUCACUAAAGUAUACAAUGAAUACUACUUCCAGGUCACGGUGGACGACCUGACUGGGGAGUCUCCGCCCCGCUCUGUGGUGUGCCAUGCCGAUUCCCUGGGCAUCCUGCCAGUCCAGUGGUGCCUGAAAAGUGCCGUUGGCCUGGAGCGGCCGAGGGGUUUUCAGUCUCAGGACUUCGACUGGGCAGACUACCUAAAGCACACAGGCACAGAGGCGGCCCCGGAUGCCUGUUUCCCUAACGCAUCUCUGAGUAGGGGCUUCUGUAAGGAUACAUGGUUGGAAGCUGUGAAUCCUUUGCAGCCAUCUGAGCUUUGCGUUGCCCGUAUCACUCAGGUCAAAGGUCGGCUCCUGUGGCUCAGAUUUGAAGGACUGUCUAAGCCACUAACUGAAUGUAUAUUAGAUGCUGAGAGCAUGGACAUUUUCCCUGUGGGUUGGUGCGAGGCUAAUGGCUACCCACUGACACCCUUACGGAAGGCAGUCUGUCAGCCUCAGAAGAAAAUUGCAGUGGUGCAGCCAGAGAAACAGCAGUCAGCUCCUUCACCGGUGGAGAAUGUACCACUUGACCUCUGCCAUUCCACUGACAUAGAUUCAGCAUCUGUGAAUGGCAAGUACUGCUGUUCUGAGAUCUUUGUGAAUCACCGCUGUUUCUCUGGACCAUAUCUCAACAAGGGCAGAAUUGCUGAGUUACCACAGGCCGUUGGCCCUGGCAAGUGCACCCUCGUCCUUAAAGAGGUUCUGACAAUGUUAAUAAAUUCAGCCUAUAAGCCGGGGCGUGUUCUCAGGGAGCUGCAAAUGGUAGAAGACCCACAGUGGAACUGUCUGGAGGAGACCCUGAAAGCCAAGUAUAAAGGGAAGAGUUACCGCUCCUGCGUGAGGAUGGUCCGCGUGGCCGAGCAGGUCCCGGACUUCUGCCGCAGAGUGUGCGUGCGGCUGCAGUGCUGCCCCAACCUCUUCGGCCCGACGCUCGUCUUGGACAAGUGUCCGGAAAACUGCUCCGUACAGACCAAGACCAAGUACACAUGCUACUACGGGAAGAAGAGGAAGGUGGGCCGGCCCAGUCUCGGGGAGAGCGCUCAGGAGGGGGAACUGGGCAAACCAGCACGGCGCAGAAAGAAGCGCAAAGCCAUCUUUGUUCAGAAGAAACGACGCUCUUCGUCUGUGGGCUACCACACUGCAGAGUCACCUCAGGACAGUGAUUAUUUCUAUGAGGAUGAGGAUGGCGAGGACGCAGAGGGGUCUGGCAGCGAGGAAGGUUCCAGCUCCGAGCUGCAAGAAGAGGCCCCGCCCUACAAGGAUGUGUCGAGGAGGGGCAGACCUCGCCGCUCUGUUACCCAGCGCAGAGUCACCCUCCCCGGGGCCACCGUCCCAGCAGACCGGCCCUCCCUUCGGAGAACCACGCGCUCUCUCUCCUACACCCAGAGUCAGACUGCCAAGCACACACAAGUAAAGACAGAGCAGACUGAAGAGGAAGAGCAACGCUUGGUUUUGGAGCGGAAUCCUCUGGAAUGGAGUGUCUCUGAUGUGGUCGACUUCAUCAUGUCCACCGACUGUGCCUCACUCGCCAAAAUAUUCCAGGAGCAGGACAUUGAUGGCCAGGCCCUGUUGCUGCUAACCCUUCCCACCGUACAGGAGUGUAUGGAUCUAAAGCUGGGUCCCGCCAUCAAGCUCUGCCACCAGAUCGAGCGCGUCAAAGUGGCCUUUUACUCGCAGUACGCCAAUUAAGCCGGCGCUGCUAAUGGGCCUGACGCAGCCCCUGCCCCCCGAACGCCUGUCCCUGCGCGUUGGCCGGAGACAUACACUUAUCUGAGGUUCGCUCCGGGAGUAAAAACUGGAAAACCCGCGAGCACCCGGCUGCGCACCGCAAGGUUAAAAGGACGGCGCGUUUACCAGGAAGACAGGCAUGUGUUUUUCGAGGACGUUUACUGCAUUUCGAUUCGACCAAGUCUUCGUGACAGAGGGAUUUCACUUAGGCAUAAAAUAGAUAAGGGAAGGACAGCAGUUUGUCUUUCUCAAGGAACCCAUAGCGUGACAGGAAGACAUCCAAGUCUUCAUUCCCCGUCACAGUGUGCUCACAGCGGGGUCGCAGCGCGUUCAAAAUGUUUGCGGUGUAGGGUACUGGAAGGAAAAUAUCUACGAUAUUAGUCCUGUUGGAAUGAAAAAUACAUCUCUCCUGAAGGGCAAUCAAAUUGGGGCGUGAUUAUUGAAGCCUUGUGAAACAACACCUGCUGCUGUUGUCAGCCACAGGGCUGUCUUCAUUUUACCUUCCUGUCCUACUGAGACCAAAUGAUUAUAUUUAUAAACAAUUAGAGUUGAAGAAUCGUGUAUAAUGUGAAAUAAUAUAUUUAAAAUAUUUAUUUUGGCCUGACAGAUGUUUUGCUCAGAGGGCCUAGACCUCUUGGGCUUUUUCCUUUCGUGGUGGGAUAUAGAAUAUUUUGUGUAUUUCCAUACCCCUAUGAUAUCGCUGGAUACCCUCUGUAAAUAUUUCCAUAAUCUAUGCAAAAACUGGGCUUUCAUGUUGACUUAUUUUCCUUUUUUUUUCGCUGUUUGACCUGCACUUCCCUUAAGACUUCUGUAAAUAGUUUGUACAUAAAAUGAACUGAUAGUGAGAUCUAGUUUUAAUACAUCCCACAGAUGAGUGGAACAGGCUUGUAGUUUACCCAGCAACUGUGAAGGUCUGAAGGAAUUUCCCAAAUACCAAUGAAAUGUUCUCUAGCAGACCCACAUGUGUGAAAGUCUUGUACAUCACCCAUACCCCUGAGAGGAAUAAAGAAAUAGUAAAAAUAAAGAACUUCCUGUGAGUCA